CUUUAAAGAUGGACUUCCUGCUGAUGGAAGGAUGCAGGAACAGAGACCAGACUCUCCUGGACCCAGCUGUGUGUCCAUAAAGAGUGACAACUCUAAGGGUCGUCUUAUUGACUUUAAAGAUGGACAUCCUGCUGAUGGAAGAGUUCAACAGGAGAGCUCCGAGGUUCACAGAGAUCAAUCAGACCAGCAGAAUCCAACAGACUCCAUCUUUAUGCUGCUGGAGGAGAACAUCGUCACCUUUGUGAAGAACGAGCUAAAGAGAGUCUACAGGGUUCUGAGUCCAGAUUACCCAGAAUGCUUAGAGAGUCAGAGUGAGGAUGAAGAGCAGGGGAGAAGAUGUAAAGAGGCAUUUUUGAAGAUCACUCUCCACUUCCUGAGGAGAAUGAAGCAGGAGGGGCUGGCUGACUGUCUGCAGAGCAGAACAGUUGCUGCAGAGUACCGGCGUAAACUCAAAUCUAACCUGAAGAAGAAGUUUCAGUGUGUGUUUGAGGGGAUUGCUAAAGCAGGAAACCCAGCCCUUCUGAACCAGAUCUACACAGAGCUCUACAUCACAGAGGGAGGGACUGGAGAGGUCAAUGAUGAACACGAGGUCAGACGGAUUGAAAGAGCAUCCAGGAAACCAGACAGACCAGAAACAACCAUCAGACAAGAAGACGUCUUUAAAGCCUCACCUGGAAGAGAUGAACUAAUCAGAAGAGUGAUGACAAGGGGAGUGGCUGGCAUCGGGAAAACAGUCUUAACACAAAAGUUCACUCUGGACUGGGCUGAAGACAAAGCCAACCAGAACAUACAGUUCACAUUUCCAUUCACUUUCAGAGAGCUGAAUGUGCUGAAAGAGAAAAAUUUCAGCUUGGUGGAACUUGUUCAUCACUUCUUUCCUGAAACCAAUGAAGCAGGAUUCUGCAGGUUUGAAGAGUUCCAGAAUGUGUUCAUCUUUGACGGUCUGGAUGAGUGUCGACUUCCUCUGGACUUUAAAAACAACGAGAUCCUGACUGAUGUCACAGAGUCCACCUCAGUGGAUGUGCUGCUGACUAACCUCAUCAGGGGGAAACUGCUUCCCUCUGCUCGCCUCUGGAUAACCACACGACCUGCAGCAGCCAAUCAGAUCCCUCCUGAGUGUGUUGACAUGGUGACCGAGGUCAGAGGGUUCACUGACCCACAGAAGGACGAGUACUUCAGGAAGAGGUUCAAAGAUAAGGAGCAGGCCAACAGAAUCAUCUCCCACAUCAAGACAUCCAGAAGCCUCCACAUCAUGUGCCACAUCCCAGUCUUCUGCUGGAUCACUGCUAUAGUUCUGGAGGAUGUGCUGAACACCACCAAGACAGGAGAGCUGCCCAAGACCCUGACUGACAUGUACAUCUACUUCCUGGUGGUUCAGUCCAAACUGAAGAACAUCAAGUAUGAUGGAGGCGCUGAGACAAAUCCACACUGGAGUCCAGAGAGCAGGAAGAUGAUUGAGUCUCUGGGAAAACUGGCUUUUGAGCAGCUGCAGAAAGGAAACCUGAUCUUCUAUGACUCAGACCUGAUUGAGUGUGGCAUCAAUAUCAGAGCAGCCUCAGUGUACUCAGGAGUGUUCACACAGAUCUUCAAAGAGGAGAGAGGACUGUACCAGGAAAAGGUGUUCUGCUUCAUCCAUCUGAGUGUUCAGGAGUUUCUGGCUGCUCUUCAUGUCCAUCUGACCUUCAUCAACUCUGGAGUCAAUCUGAUGUCAGAAGAACAAGAAACAUCCUGGUGGUCCACAGUAUUCAGAGAAAAACCUGACACAACACUUUUAUAUCAGAGUGCUGUGGACCAGGCCUUACAGAGUCCUAAUGGACACCUGGACUUGUUCCUUCGCUUCCUCCUCGGUCUUUCACUAGAGACCAAUCAGAAUCACAUACGAGGUCUGCUGACACAGACAGGAAGUGGCUCACAGACCAAUCAGAAAACAGUCAAGUACAUCAAGAAGCAGAUCAGUGAGGAUCUGUCUGCAGAGAAAAGCAUCAAUUUGUUCCACUGUCUGCAUGAACUGAAUGAUCGUUCUCUAGUGGAGGAGAUCCAACAGUCCCUGAGAUCAGGACGUCUCUCCACAGAUAAACUGUCUCCUGCUCAGUGGUCAGCUCUGGUCUUCAUCUUACUGUCAUCAGAAAAAGACCUGGAUGUGUUUGACCUGAAAAAAUACUCUGAUUCAGAAGAGGCUCUUCUGAGGCUGCUGCCUGUGAUCAAAGCUUCAAACAAAGCUCUGCUGAGUGGCUGUAACCUCUUAGAGAGAAGCUGUAAAGCUCUGUCCUCAGUCCUCAGCUCCCAGUCCUCUAGUCUGAGAGAGCUGGACCUGAGCAACAACAACCUGCAGGAUUCAGGAGUGAAGCUGCUGUGUGCUGGACUAAAGACUCCACUCUGCAGACUAGACACUCUCAGGCUGAGUGUCUGUAACCUCUCAGAGAGAAGCUGUGAAGCUCUGUCCUCAGUUCUCAGCUCCCAGUCCUCUAGUCUGAGAGAGCUGGACCUGAGCAACAACAACCUGCAGGAUUCAGGAGUGAAGCUGCUGUGUGCUGGACUGAAGACUCCACUCUGUACACUGGAAACUGUCAGGCUGAGUGGCUGUAACCUCUCAGAGAGAAGCUGUGAAGCUCUGUCCUCAGUCCUCAGCUCCCAGUCCUGUAGUCUGAGAGAGCUGGACCUGACCAACAACAAUCUGCAUGAUUCUGGAGUGAAGUUGCUGUCUCCUGGACUUAAGAGUCAACUCUGCAGUUUGGAAACUCUCAGGCUGAGUGUCUGUAGCCUCUCAGAGAGAAGCUGUGAAGCUCUGUCCUCAGUCCUCAGCUCCCAGUCCUCUAGUCUGAGAGAGCUGGACCUGAGCAACAACAACCUGCAUGACUCCGGAGUGAUGCUGCUGUCUGCUGGACUAAAGAGUCCACUCUGUAGACUGGAUACUCUCAGUCUGUCAAAAUGUCUGAUCACAGGAGAAGGUUGUGCAUCUCUGGCCUCAGCUCUAAGCUCUUCCCACCUGAGAGAGCUGGACCUGAGCUACAAUCAUCCAGGGGAAAGAGGAGAGAAGCUGCUGUCUGCUGGACUGGGGGAUCCACACUGCAGACUGGAGACACUGAGGUUGGACCAUGGUGGACUGCACAGACUGGAUCCUGGUCUGAGGAAGUACGCCUGUGAGCUGGAACUGGACACAAACACAGUCAACAAAACCCUCAAACUGUCUGACAACAACAGGAAGGUGACACGUGUAGAGGAGCAUCAGUCAUAUCCUGAUCAUCCAGACAGAUUUAAAUACUGGUGUCCUCAGCUGCUGUGUAGGAUUGGUCUGAGUGGUCGCUGUUACUGGGAGGUCGAGUGGAGAGGAGAGGUUGAUAUAUCAGUGAGUUACAAAGGAAUCAUAAGGAGAGGAGACAGUAAUGAAUGUGUGUUUGGAUGUAAUGACCACUCCUGGAGUCUGUUCUGCUCUGAUGGAGGUUACUCUGUCUGUCACAAUAAAAGAAAAACAAACAUCUCCUCUUCCUCCUCCUCCUCUGUCUCUAACAGAGUAGCAGUGUAUGUGGACUGUCCUGCUGGCUCUCUGUCCUUCUACAGAGUCUCCUCUGACACACUGAUCCACCUCCACACCUUCAACACCACAUUCACUGAACCUCUCUAUCCUGGGUUUAUGUUCUGGUCUCUUGGUUCUUCAGUGUCUCUGUGUGGUGUGUCGGUCUGAUAAACACUGCUGACUGAAGAUCAGCUGACUCUGAUCACUCUGUCAAGCUGGUCUGGUUCAUGGUUGAUGGGCGUGGUAAUGGGGGGGUGGGGUUGUGAAUAAUGGACCCCUUUCUGUAAUGUCUGUAUUGUGCUGAUCUCACCAAUAAAAAAGAGUGACAAAAUAAAAGCUCUGAUAAUCUGGAUUUGAUAAUCCUUAAAUCUGUUCAUGGAUCAGGGUGAUCCAAACAGGAUCAAAGUGAGCCGGAUGGUUCUGGUUCUGACAUCAGUUUCAUGUUAUGACAUCAUUUUGACCCAGAAAUCCAAGAUGGCUACCAUCUAACAGGGUGUAAACAUAUCUUUUGAAUUUUAAAUUAAGAUGGUUAUUCACUGAAAACUGUCAAUCAAAGACACAACAUAUGGAAGGAAUGUAUUAAACAUGUCUAUCUCUUUUUGUGGGGGUCUUCUGUUGUGGUUACUGUCCCUUUAAAAAUGUUGUGGUAAUUGCAUUUUAAGAAAAUUCUUGUUACUCCCCUGUCAUUAUUCUCUUGUAAUACUGAGGCAAACAUAAGUAUCAAAAUGGUAUAUUUGGUCAUUAUACUGUUUGUUGCCAUUUCCUUAAUAUUCCCAUCCACUUAGGCAUUUUAUAUUUGUUAAUAAAGGCUAAUCAAAUUUCA